GAUAAGGCCCACGUUUCUCAAAAUAAUAAACGUAGAAAGCUUUUGAUUUUGGACCGACCGCCUUUCUCUGCUCUUGCAGCUCUUUCUCUUCUUCUCCUGAAUUCUGAUUCGGAGGAAGUAUCUCUACUUCUGUGACAAUUCAUUCAUUCUCUUUCUCUCUCUCUCUGUCUUGGGUAGAUAUUAUUUAUUUAAAAUAGAAUAAUAGAGAUAAAAAGAAAAUGCCCACCAUUUCUGUAUCUAAAUUUAUCAGUCCGUGUUCGCUCUCUUCUUCAGCUCCCACGGAUGCCUUUAGGUUUACCACCCUUUUCCCUUCUUUACUACCUUUGACCAAGUUCCCUACGUGUACCCAAUCCUUAAUCCAACAAAGAAGAAAAACCCUAGUUUUCUCGAAAUCAUCUGAAACAGAGCUCUCCGCUGCAGAAGAAGAAUGGCUUAAAAAGCUCCCAGACAAGAAGAAACCCUUGUAUUCUCAUAGCCUUCCCUGCAUAGAAUCUUGGUUGAAGAAAUUGGGGUUUUACCAGAGCAGAGAGGAUCGAGCCAUCUGGUUUAUCGAGAAGCCUGAUUGGCACGCUCAGCUAUCGCUUGACGUCACCGAUCUCUAUAUAAGGUAUCUGAAGAAUGGACCUGGGAAUCUUGAGAAAGAUGUGGAGAGAAGAUUCAGUUAUGCACUAAGUAGAGAAGACAUCGAGAAUGCAAUACUUGGAGGACCGUAAAGUUGAUAUCUACAAUCCUCUUAGUUUGGGUUAAAAUUGACGACAUUUUAGCAACUGCUUGCCAUUGAGUGAAUUAUUUACUUAUUUGUAAGUUGGAUGUUGGUUAUGAAGUUUCUCCUCACUGUUGGGGAAAGUGCAAGGUUUGAUUGGGCCAAUACAUUGUUUGUCUUCUCUUGUCUAUUGUAAUGAAAGAUUAAUUUUUCACUUUCCAGUUAUUUUAUUGUAA